ACAAAAGCAUCCUUGCCCACGCCGCCGCCGCCGCCGCCAUACCAAAAACCCAACCAAACCCUAGAUCCACCGCCUUCCGCCCUCCGUCUCCGGCGACGCGCGACACGAUGCCGAACCUCGAGUGCCGGAUGUACGAGCCGCGGUUCCCCGAGGUGGACGCCGCGGUGAUGAUUCAGGUGAAGCACAUCGCCGACAUGGGCGCCUACGUCUCCCUCCUCGAGUACAACAACAUCGAGGGCAUGAUCCUCUUCUCGGAGCUCUCUCGCCGCCGUAUCCGCUCCAUCUCGUCCCUCAUCAAGGUCGGCCGCCAGGAGCCCGCCAUCGUGCUCCGUGUGGACCGUGACAAGGGCUAUAUCGACCUCUCCAAACGGCGUGUCUCCGAGGAGGAGGCGCAUGCCUGCGAGGACAGGUACAACAAGUCCAAGCUCGUCCACUCGAUCAUGCGCCACGUCGCCGAGACCCUCGGGGUCGACCUCGAGCCGCUCUACCAGCGCAUCGGAUGGCCGCUUUACCGCAAGUUCGGGCACGCCUUCGAGGCUUUCAAGCUCAUCGUCGCCGACCCCGAUGCCAUCCUGGACGCGCUUACAUAUGAGGAGAAAGAGACCGGCCCCGACGGACAGGAGGUGACUAAGGUGGUGCCUGCUGUCACUCCUGAGGUCAAGGAUGCCCUAGUUAAGAAUAUAAGGAGGAGGAUGACACCACAGCCACUUAAGAUCCGUGCUGAUGUUGAGAUGAAAUGUUUCCAAUUUGAUGGGGUGCUUCACAUUAAGCAAGCAAUGAGGAAGGCUGAAGCUGCUGGUAAUGAUAAUUGUCCUGUGAAGAUUAAGUUAGUUGCCCCCCCACUCUAUGUUCUGACCACACAAACUCUUGAUAAGGACCAAGGCAUUUCAGUUCUCACUGAUGCAAUUAAAGCAUGCACAGCAGAGAUUGAGAAACACAAGGGAAAGUUGAUAGUUAAGGAAGCACCAAGAGCUGUGAGUGAGAGAGAGGAUAAGCUCUUCAAUGAGCACAUAGAAACCCUUAACGAGCAAAAUGCGGAGGUUGAUGGUGACGAUGACAGUGAAGAGGAGGAAGAUACAGGAAUGGGUGACAUUGACCUUACGAAUUCCGGCGUCAAUGCGGAUUAAGUCUCCGCUGAUUGUUUUGGAUGAGUUUUGUUGUAUAGCACCAGCCAAAUCUUAAGUCGUCCUAUUUGAAAAGAGUUCAUUAGGUUCUGGUGGCUGUUACCCCAUUGAAUUCACUGAUACGUGUUACCUGGGGAGUUUGCGUUUUGUGGUUGAGCUCGUGUUGGCGAAGCUUUACUUUGCUCGAGUAGCAUCUAAUUUUUUUUCUUAUUAUCGAAACAUAAUUCUGUUGCUAUACGUCGUCUUUGGUUGGUCCCUUCU